AUGUGCUCUGCGGCGCACUACCUUUGCGUCUUCCUUCGAGGUUCCGGCGUGUCCGUUGCCGCAUCAGGCCGCACGAGCCUCCUGCGCACACGGAGGGCGAGGGGCGGCACAGGAGCACGUGGGCGCGAGUGCGCGCGGAGGUGCAAGCGUGCGCGCGGACGUGCAAGCGGCAGCAGAGCAGCGGGCAUGGCGGAGGCGGCGGACUACAUCGUGCCGGCCAUCGCCAUCACGGCCGCCACCGCCGUUACCUUCAUUGCCGUCAGCUUCAACGAGCUGCGCGAGGGUACAUUCUGGGCUCUGGUCAUAACCUCUGGGCAAACCUCUGGUCAACCGAAAUCAUGCCUAUUUCUCACCAAUUGUGCUAAUUUCGGCGGUGCAGCAGGAGUUGAAGCAGCAGGCGCAGCUGUUGGAGGAGCAGGAGGGCGUGGUGCUGCGCUCCAGCCUCUCCUCCAAGGAGAAACGCCGGGCCAGGCAGGGCAAGGAGAAGGGCUCCUGAUAACUAAAGCUGAUGACAACUCCAGUUUUUUCCUGCUGCUGCCAUGUGCCCUUGCAAUGCAUGGUGUCUUCGAAUCCACACGAGCUGCCCUCAAGCCCCUCACCACCACCACCAUCACCAUCACCAUCACCAUCACCACCAUCACCAUCACCAUCCCCAUCACCACCACCACGAUCACCAUCACCAUCACCAUCCCCAUCACCAUCACCAUCCCCAUCCCCAUCACCAUCCCCAUCCCCAUCACCAUCCCCAUCCCCAUCACCAUCCCCAUCCCCAUCACCACCACCACCAUCACCAUCACCAUCACCAUCACCACCACCAUCACCAUCACCACCAUCACCAUCACCAUCCCCAUCACCACCACCACCACCAUCACCAUCACCAUCACCAUCACCAUCACCAUCACCAUCACCAUCCCCAUCACCAUCACCGUCCCCAUCACCAUCACCAUCCCCAUCCCCAUCCCCAUCCCCAUCCCCAUCCCCUAUUCUAACAUCCCCAUCCCCAUCCCCAUCACCAUCACCGUCCCCAUCACCAUCACCAUCCCCAUCCCCACCCCCAUCACCAUCAACAUCCCCAUCACCAUCACCAUCCCCAUCCCCAUCCCCAUCCCCAUCACCAUCACCAUCCCCAUCACCACCACCACGAUCACCACCACCAUCCCCAUCACCAUCACCAUCCCCAUCCCCAUCACCAUCACCAUCCCCAUCACCAUCACCAUCCCCAUCACCAUCCCCAUCACCAUCACCAUCCCCAUCGCCAUCACCAUCGCCGUCGCCGUCGCCGUCGCCGUCGCCGUCGCCGUCGCCGUCGCCGUCGCCGUCGCCGUCGCCGUCGCCGUCGCCGUCGCCGUCGCCGUCGCCGCCGCCGCCGCCGCCGCCGCCGCCGCCGCCGUCGCCGCCUCCUUCCCCGUCCCCGGCCCCGGCCCCGUCCCCGUCCCCGUCACCGUCACCGACACCAACCCGCGGCUGUGUGCCAUGCAUCUGAUUGCUGUGCACUGCAAUGAAGCGGGGCUGGAGGAGACUCGAUUUAUUCCGUUUCAUCUUGCUGCCUUGUCCAAUUUGCCACUGCUAUGA